AUGUCGUCUUGGGAUUGCGAGCCCUCGCAAAGAGUGUUGAGGUACGUGCGCCAGACCGCAUUGGUUGUGGAGUCUGGAUUCUCCGUCUUUACAGGUCUGACAUUUGCAUUAAUUCUCGGUGGGCUGCCUGAGCUCUACUCGUCCUUCUGGCCGCUUUUCUUGCGGUUUUUCCCCAUUGCCGUCUUCUUUGCUGUGGGCUUGUCGCUUAAGAUGAUGGCGGUGAACCAUUUUCAGGCUGGGACAAUCAAGAUUGUUGGUCAGCUACGGCUUGCAUUUGUCGCUUUGGCCUCAACCUUCAUUCUUGCUCGAACGUACAGCUCCAAGCAAUGGACCGCCAUCGCUUUCGUAACGGUUUUCUGCGUGCUGUUUGUCCAGCAGAAGGGCCAGGGAAGGAGUCAGCGCGGAAAAGCUUGGAAAUGGACCGGGCUGUCGCAGCUCUUUGGAUGGGUUUGCAUGAACGUCAUCGGCGGCAUUUUGGCAGAAAAGACGUACAAAAGCAGCGCUGGCCCUUACUACGUCCAAAAAGUGGCUCAGGAUCUUGGGCACCUGCUGACGUCAACUGUCAUGCUUAUGGCCGUUGUGCCACGCUUCGAUCCUGGCGAGGAGUUCCAUUUCUGCUUGCACACAGGCACUGUCAGGCUGAAGGCUCUGUGA